CACCUAAGCGGCUGCUCACGGAUCCCUCGUUGCCUCGCCGGUCUACUCAUGCAAUCAUGCAAUCCUCAAGCAGCACACAUAGAUUGGCGAAGCGCAACACCGUGCUCGACCCGCCUCUCAUUGCAGGCAUCGCUGUCGUUGUAGCGCUUAUCAACAUUGUCCUUGCCCUGGCUUGGUUUACCUGCCGCGGCCGGCGGCAGCUCAAGGCGCACAAACGUCGUAUAUCGGGCCCCGUUGACGUCGAGAAGUACCAGCACAGUGUCGCCUUCGCCGUUGCGACAGGCGGUGUCCCGGGGACCAUCCACACGAAGGCUGGUGCUGGGGCAGGCGACCGCAAGUCCUACUUCGAGCUCAUACAGGCCCUGCAGCGGCAGCCUAGCACGCCCUCACCGGUGCGGUUGUCGCGCGGAUCGUCUCAGGAAUCUGCGGACGGCCGUCGCCUCUCGGACUACGUCUUGCGCCCGCAGGAUAUCAAGGAGCUCAGUGGCGUGCCGAGGUACCCGAAGGCAAAGGGGCGUGUCCAGGCCUUGCGACGGAGCGUGUUAGUCGUGUCGCCCAACGGAUCCACCCUCACACGCUCGAAUUCCCUCGCGGAGACAGCGAGUGUUUACUCCUCGGCGUCCGCCCCGCUGGAUUACCACGAGCAACUCUUCCGUGCGCAGCCGUUUGCGCUCAACCCGAGCGCUCCGACGAAUCCACCCGGUUUUGAGCACUCGCUUCCCAAACCCCCGCCUCCGGCCGCUGUACCGCAACCAACUCAGGCGGCCGAUGACCAUAAGCAGCGCCUUUCCUCCCCUGCUCAGACACCCGCAGGCCACCGUCGCCCGAGCCACCCAGAUGUUCCCUCCACUCCUUCGGUGUCCCCCACGUCCACAAUGCCACCCCUUUCUCCCCGUCUCCGUUCCCGUUCUCGCGCCAACUCCAACCCCCAUGCGAUUGCGCCGCAGGUGAUGUGGCUGCAGAAGGACGAUGCUGCGCGACCAUCUCCCUUGGUGAGGCGACCGAGCUCGGUCUCAUCGCUAUCCAUGAUCUUGGCUCUCCACCGCGGUGCCGCCGCACCCGCCGCACAGGAGACCUCAGUUGCACCACUGAACGUCCGUCGGCGAUCGAAGGAUGUGUUGGCAGGCCUCGCAGCUGCUCCCGCGCGGCCAGAUGCAGACGCGGGACCGACCAUCCCCGCACGGUCACCACGGCGACCUGCCAAGGCUGCCUCAUCGUCGGUCGAGGACUCGGAAUCUACCUAA